AUGAGCAGCAUUGGGAGCGGGAGUAUAAGGAGCGGGACAUCAGCCGAUGUGAGCGAAACAAGCUCGCAAAAAUCUGAUGCGCAAAUGUUGCGGAAGCAUAAGCGGUCCGAGGAGGAGAAUGAGGAAGGCGACCUUUUGGAGCAAAGGCGCUCCUUCCAGGAGGGCGUGUUCGCCUGCAUGUACACUCUUGUACGGCAGUCCGUCCUCAGCAACUGGAAGUUCGCAGUACUUAAAAUAAUACUGGAGGGUCUGAUGCCCUUCAUUGUGGUGUUUAAUCCCUCGGCCGACUGGAGCAUAGAGACGGGCAACCCGGUGUGGCAAGUGGUGCGCUGGGUAGUGUGGCGCUCGCCCAUCAUGCGCAUGUACGGCUAUGACGUGUACAUUCGGGUCAUGUACGUCAUGGCGGGCGCCGUGUUCCUGGCCGUGGCGGGCCUCAUCUGGCUCACACUCGCGAUGAGGAAGCAGGAACAGUCCAAGUGGCUGCGCCAGAUGGCGAUCGCGCUGAACGUGGUGUACGAACUGAUGUUUAUGGUAUUUUACGUUUCCUUCAUGGACUAUUUCAUGUUCACGGCCAACUGCAAGUUCACUGCAGCUGGACAAGAACACGAGUACUUCAAAGGCGUCAAGUGCUUCCAGAUGCCCCACGUGCUCCACAUGUCGGUGGCGCUGUGUACGGCCGCCGUACACCUGGGUGUGACGGCGCUGCUGGUAGUGGCGUCGUCUGACCUGAACCCGCUGUCACAGGGCUACCUGGCCUCACCAGACGUGGCUUCGCGACUCAAGAUAUUGGCGGCCAAGGCAGCUUUCAUUGUUUGUGCGGAUGACCUGCAGGCCUGGCCGCGAGUGCAAGUGGUGCUGAUGGCGGUGGCAGUAGGGUUUAUCUGCUGGUAUAAUUUUCGUAAGCUUCCAUUCUACCGCUUGGCUGUCAACGUGAUUUGGUGCAGUAUGUGGAUUUGCGUGUGGUACACGUGUGUACUACUUGCCGUACUGGUGUUUGCAAAAGACCAAUCCCUGGAGCAGCGCCGGUUGUAUACUUUGUACGUAUUGUACGGCAUCUUUCCCGUACUGGUGGGCGGCAUUGUGGUAUGCUUGGCGCACGCGUGGUGGGCUAUGCGGCCGGCACGUAAGUUUGAAGAGCUUCCCAGUUUUCGAGAUGUACGAGUACAGAAGCUGCAUCGCUUUGCGCACGUCCACGAGGUAGAGUUGUUGUCGCGGGUGAUGAGGCGCUUCGAUCGCGACGGCGACGUAGAUGAGGACGCGGCGGCUCUUGGUGACGCAGUUAUCAGGGCCGGCAUGCUGACCUUCCCCAACUCGCCCUUCCUCAACGUGAUGUACGCGAACUAUCUCUUGAGUGUACGGAAAGACGGUCCCGCUGCUCGUACACAGCUGCAGCUGGCGGCCAAGCACGGGCCCUCCCUGGUGGAGAGGUACCAGAUAUACUGCACCUUGGAGUCUAGCAAGCGUCUCAAGGACAGCCAGGAUGGCGGCAUGGAUUUGCAAGCCUAUAUCGAGUUUCGGAGGAACUUCAAGGCCGUACUGCGAGUUCAUAGGGACGUGUUGGCUCUGGAGCUUGAGCUGUGGCGCACCUGCCUGCGCACCAGCUUGCGAGUGGCGACCAUUGACGCGCUGCUGGACCAGCUGGAGGCGGCCACGGGGCGGGCCCAUCAGGUGUAUAAGAAGGUGCUUGAGCGGUACCCCACCAACGGCAAGCUGCUGCGGUGCUACGGCAAAUUUUUGGAGGAUGUACGGCACGACGCGCCGGCGGCGGCGCGUGUGUACGCCGAGGCGGCGCGCUGCGGCGGCGCCGACGCGAUCAUGUCUUUGGACCUCAGUGCCAUACAGCAGGCGACCGAGAAACCCGACUUUUUGACGUCGUUGUCGCUUUUGGACGAUGCGGUGGUGGUGAUCAAUGCUGAGGGGACCAUUAUGAUGGUCAGCCAGGUCGUUCAAUCCGUGUUCGGUUACAGCAAGGCGGAGUUGGAGGGCGCAAACGUGAAUCUGCUGAUGCCGCAGCCCUUCAGCCAGCGCCACUCCUCAUACUUGAGCCGCUACGUCGCCACGGGGGAGCCGCACAUUCUGGAUGCCGUGAGGGAGGUGGUGGGGCUGCACAAGGACCGCUACGUCUUCCCGGUGGAUUUGUGCGUCACAAAGAUGAGCGGAAGCGGGUCGGACAGUGUUUUUCUUGGUGUUUUGCGGCCGCUGCCGCCCAGCACGUUGCGAGUGCGGGCCUGGUUGGCGCCCAACGGCACAUUUCUGUGCGGUGACCAGCAGUUCGCCUCGCUGUGCGGCCUCAUGGAGAACGACCUGGUGGGUCGUUCGCUUGCUUCCCUCUGCGCCAACCCCGACUCUGAGGUGUCUGCCCUGUUGGAGCGGUUCCGAGCUGCCUCCGCUCAGGAGCUGGUGUCGGGCGUGGUGCGGUGCGAGCUGCUGCUGCGGCACCGCUUCCUGGACCCCGUGGCGGUGGAGGUGGUGGUGGGGCUAUCGGGUACUGACGGCCAGCGCAUCAUGGCGCUCAGCUGCCGCCGCGCCGACGGCCGCGAGGGCAACCUGCUGGUGGUGGACACCCACAUGCGCCUGAGGUUCGCGUCCCUGGGGCUGUCCACACUGCUCAACUACCCCAUGAGGAAGCUGGCCACCAUGAGGCUCGACCAGCUGCUACAGCCGCCGUACAAUACACUGCACGCGAAGUGGCUCAGGGAUCCGCCCCACACGCCCAGCGUCACCAGCUGCCGCUCGGGACGUGUCGUACACCUGCUGAAUGACGCGGGGGUUGCCGUACCUGUACGAAUCAAGGUGUCUCCAGCCGCCGGCGACGUGGGCAUGUCACUGUACGUGGUGCAGGUUGAGAGGGUGCACGUGGAUGAGCUUUUAGAGGAGAAGCGGCUGGUGGUAAUGGCGGACUUUUCGGGCCGCGUGCAGAGCGUCUCGCGACCCGACUCUUCGCUGUUCGGCUUCCCCGCCCUGGAGCUGUUGGGACGUAACCUGUGCGACUGCAUCGACGUGUUUGGAGACUGGCGGAGGCGCGCGGGCGAGUCUCAGCUGCAGCUGCUGGUGCUGGCGCUGGUGGACCGGGAGCAGGAGAUGCCCGGCACCUCCUGGCGCGUUCGAGUUCACUCCCCCGCCUCCAGCGAGGACCUCAGCAAAAUGCCGCCCCUGGCUGCGGCGCUGCCCAGCAUGCGACGCAAGCCCGGAGCAGGUUCCAUAUCCGCAUGUCUGCAGGUGGAGCUUCUGGACGAUACGACGGAGGACAACGCCGAAGCUGGCGGCGGCACCGGCAGCAAAAGAUGGCAGAAGCUCCUGCUGGGAGGUGAAGAUGACAUCCUGGGGAUCAGCGGCGGCGCCGCCGCCGCGAAGGCAACAGCGGCGGCGGCGGCAGGCGGCGAGGCCGGCGGCGGUGGCGGCGGCGGCGGCAAUGUGCACAUCAAGCUGACGCUGUGGCGGCGGGAUCUUCUGACUGGGAUGGUGGAGUUGGACGAGCAGCUGCAAAUCCGGAAGGCCAGCUACAUGACAGGCCUUAUGGUUGGGCUGCCAUCUACUGCCAUGCUUCGGAAGCCCCUUCACAAGUUCUUGGACUUGCCACACCGCAAGACCUGGGCGCAGAUUUCGGACUCGGCCCAUAAAAGCCACAAACGCUCCGCCCUGAAGAUCUCUAGGAAUCAUGGAGCUUUGGUCAGCCCGCAAAUGGCCUUCCUGGGGCCACAUCCCGACAUGGGUACCAUGAGAAUACUCGUACAGGGCGUCCAGACGUUGGCUCCAGGGGGCCGGCAGACGGUGAAUGCCGUACUGCAUCCCGACACAACUUAUGUGGGUGCGCACGCGGACCUGCUGCGGGUUCUUCAUUUGGAGGGGUCGGAGGCGGGGAAGGGAGGGGCUGGUAGUAGGGGUGGUGCGGAGGCGGCGGCGACGGGGCCAACCCAUGACCAUUUUAAGAGAACUGUGUCUAGGCGUGCCAGCGGUGACAAGGAUGGGGUAACUCCGACGGUGCGGCGGAGAGGUGUGCGUGCAGCGGCGGCCGCGGCCGCGGCGGCGGCGGCGGUAGCCUCCCGGGUUCCAUUCUUAAUCUCUCCCCUCACACACACCGGGGCCAGCAAAUCUGAGUUCGUGGCGCAGUGGGUCCGCACCGUCAGCAAGCGGUCCAUGAUAGUCUCCGUUCCAUUGGAUUUACCGGAUCCAGAUCCGGAUCCAGAUACUGUGGUAUACACGCCGACACGGCAUGCGGCUGCGGCUGUGGUGGGGCCGGUGGGGCAACCAGGCGAACAGCAGCAGCAGCAGCAGCAGCUAGGAGCAGCAGCUGGUGUUCAGGAGCAAGGCUCAUCGGCCGCCAAGUCGCCCACCACGGCGACGGGGUCGCAGCCUUCUUCCUCAUCAGCCUUGGUAACCCAUCCCCUUGUCCAUCCCUUAGCGUUGAAACACACGCUGGUGAUUGCUCAGAGCCGCAGACUGCCUACAGUUCCCGAGGAUGUACACCCGCUGCGCUUGGGCGCGGUGGUAGACGCAGACGAGGGCGAGGGCGAGGGCCUUGGCGGCGGAAGUGGCGGCGGCGACGGCGGCGGCGGCGGCGGCCGCACACUUGACGCCACCGUGGCGGCGGAUAAGUGGGAGCGGAACAGCGACGGCGGAGAUUCCAGUGCGGAUGGCAGCCAGGCAGCCAGCGGCGUCACCAGUCUCACUGACAACCAGUCGGCGAUUGAUGUGGUCGUUGACGCGCGGCGCGGCAAGCUGCUCAAGUCGCUGCAGAAGCUGCUGAUGGGCCCUUUGCUGAUGGCGCCCCUGGAGCGGUUGCGGUUGCACAGCUACUGCCUGCUGGCGCUCAUGUUGGCGACCCAUAUCGCCUGCUAUGUGGUGGUGACCAAGGUCGUGAGUAAAGAGCACACCGGCGUGUACAUGGUUCACCGUCAAGCCAGGGCCAUGGACCGCGCCUCCCUGCUGGUGGUGCGCAUCCUCAUCGGCACCUUUUGCGAGAGGGCCAACAACACGGCCAAGGUGUCGGCCUGCACGCCGCCGCUGAGCGUGCAUCUGAACAACAUGGUGGCGAGCGUCACGACGUUGGAGCAGGAUCACCAGGGGGUGUACCUGGGGUUUUCCACCUCCAAGGUGACGGCUCCUAGCUCCAGGGUGUACGGCAUUUGGACGAACCCGCAAUGGGAGUACGACGUGUACAUGGACACGCAGCCUCCGCGAGUCCUGGCUCAGAAGACUGGGGUGUGGCAGUUGGGCAACCGUUUCAUCGCCGCAUCGCGAGAAGCGCUCUACUGGAUGCCCAAACUGCGUGACGAGUUCAAAUUUCACCCCGUGUAUCAGUUUAUGGUAACCAACGGUCUGGGACCGUUGUUCGUUGGGUACGCCACCUCCUUGGACGAGCUUAUGGCGGCGGCCUGGGCAUCCCUGGACAACCUGAAGACAGUCCUCAUCAUCGUGUUGGUGGUGGAGGUGUUGGUGGUGCAGCUGUCCUGUCUGGGCUACGAGUGGUUGUUGAUGCACCGCCUGGAGAGGGCCCGACUGAUGGGCAUGUUGUCCAUGGUGGGGCUGCCGGGACCGGUGCUGCGGCAGAUGGGCAGCAGGGAGGUGAAGGUUUUGGACGAGAGUGACGACGAGCUAGAUGAUGAUGCCAGCGCCAAAGACGGAGGCGAGCAGGAACAGGGUGGUGGCGGCGGCGACGACGGCACAGCUGCGGGGUUCAGCAAGAAGGACAACGGCAGCGGCGACGGCAGCGGCGGCGGCGGCAAGGAGGGGGGUGCUGGCGGCGGCGACCGGACUGGCGGAGGAGUGCGCCUGAUGCCGCCAUCUCCCGUUGCUCGUACUGGCGGAGGCGGUAGGGGUUGUGAUGCUGGUAAUAGGGGUGAUACAGCCGAGGCAGUCCAGCGGGACGGGAGUGAACAGAGCGGCGGCACGGGUGGUGGUGAGGGUGGCGAAACACCCGACAGACGGAACGGCGGAACAGCAGCAGUAGCAGCAGCAGCAGCGAAGUCAGCGGCGGCCGCCGGAGCAAGAGGAGUAGGAGGCGGCGGAAUAGGUGGGCGGCGGCGGCGGUCUCUGCUGUUGGAGGCUGCGGCAUCCGGCGAUGGCGGGGGAGAGGACACGGAGUUGCUGGCAUUGGAAGGCCCCGCCACACAGACUGCCGUGAGCACCACCGUCUCUGCCAUGACUUCGGCUACGGCUACCGCCGCUGCCGGCGGCCGAACGGGGCGCUUCACCACGGCCAGCCGCUCCCAUAAGGCCCGGUGGACCGUGGCUGGCGCCGGCACUCAAUACAUCAACGGCAAGGCGCUGGUUCUGUCCAAGUGGCGGGACGUCCGGUUUAUGCUCCUACCCGUGCUGUGGUUUGCGGGCGUGCUGGCGAUCUACACGGCCAGCAUCCUCAGCCUGUCCGGUAUGCAGGGCCCUCUCGCCACCCUCAACAUGGCGUGCCAUGUGGUGUACCGAUACACACGCGUCAGGGCGGUGGGCUUCUCGUUUCUGACGCAAGACGACACCGCAUCGCGGGCGCUGUGGCGUGAUAUGCUGCGCACGGAGGUGCGCCUGUUUGCCAACGAGUACGACGCGCUGAUGUACGGUGGUACGGCGGCGUCGCAGGUCAACAGCGUGUUCACUCACGCUGUACCCCCCAGCACUUUUGCAUCCUCCGCCUUUGCUGAAGCCUUCUUCAAAACCAAACGCUGCUUCCGCUUCAACCAGAGCUUGUGCGCGAAGGUCGGCUCGCCGUACUAUGAGGUGACGCACAACGGGUUGGACGUGAUGGUACGGCGAAUGAUUAUGGAGAUGGAGCUGCUGAUCAGCGAUGCUGAUGAGGAUGUGGCGUACAAUGGCACCAGGUGGACGUUCAUGUACAACGUUGGCACGUUUGACCUGUACGAAGGGCUACAGCAGGCAGCCCAGUUAUUUGUGGACUACUCCAUCUCCAAAUACAACUCUGUCACCACGUUGCACACGAUUCUGCUGGUCGCGACCAUCUUGCUGUUCGCUGUUUACAUCGUUUUUGUGCUGUGGCCGCACCUGGCCAAGCUCAAGGCCGAUGCGGCGAGGCAGAGCGCGCUGCUGAGCCACGUGCCGGCGGAAGUCGACACAGUGGGUCAUGUCAAGGCGAUUGUGCGCGCCGCGCGCUCCGCCGCGGCCGCCCGCCGUGCCUCGGCAGGCUCGGCGACCGGCAAGUCGCCCACGGUCGCCACCGCAACGGGGGUCUAG